CGAGUAAACGCUAAGAUUGCCAAACUGUUUGUUUUAAACCGGAAGUGGUUUCCUUACGUGCUAUCACCACUGUUUUUAUGCAAAAAUAUUCCAUGAUGUAAGGGUGCAUUUAAAAGGCUCUGCCGGCUUGAUAGGUAAAGUUCAUUUUAUAGACACCACCUAAAGUGAUAUAGCAACAAUCCUAAAUCUACUUCAAGAAAUAUGAAGCUCUAUCAUACUGUUCUACUUUUAUUGGUUUUGUGUUUUGGUUCAAGUAACUGGGCAUCGCAUGCUUAUUCCAAUCCCUUUGUAACAAAUGCUGAAGAAGUGGACGACUUUAAAGAUUCAGCAUUUGUGGACGAUGCGGAAGAGAUAUCUGCGAUAAAGCAGUUUCAGACUUCUGCUGCAAGGUCCGCUUUUGUGGAGGACCUUCAAACAAAAGUAGAAGACAAUGACAUGAACUCAUUAGAACAUUUGAUUGCAAAACACAAUGAAGAAAAAAGAUUACAGAUUGAGAGUCUGAUGAAGCGAGGGAACAUUCUAGAUCCAGGAAACAUCGGCGAUGGAGAAACAGCCCCAACAUGCUACUCAUGUUAUGGAAACAGUCUCAAAAGCUGCUUAAACUCCAUGAAAGAAAAACAGUGUCAAGGUGCCCAGCGGUGUUACACGGUCCAUCUGAUUUCCAAGGCAACGGGACGAAACACCUUUGUCAAAGGCUGCAUUAACAUAGCAACAUGUCAGUCGGAUAUCUGUCAGACUAUUCACAAUACUAGUAAGGGGGAGUUCUCGUUCUGCAAGGCUGACUGUUGUAAGGGAAAACUUUGUAAUGUGGAAAAUGUUGGUACAACACCAAGGCCUACAGAGCCAGCGACGCCACCGAUAAAUGGUCCUAAGUGCUACUCGUGUCAAGGGGCUGACAUCGCCAGCUGUGCUAGCCGCAUGACUCUAAAACAAUGCUUACCAAACUACCAGUGCGCCGAUGCUUACUUAGUUAUCAAGAACAAUGGAAGAGAUCUUAUUGCCAAAGGGUGCAUCCCAUCAGGGCUAUGCGGUGGUGGUCUGUGUGAAAAACUGAACAACAGUGGAAGAUAUUCGCAGUGUCGUAGUUCUUGCUGUAAAGAUGAUGUGUGUAAUGCUAUUCCUACACUCCCCACGACGAAAGGAACCACCACUGAACAGCCUCCAACAACAGAGGAAACCGCAACCCAAGCACCAUGGAAUGCGACGACAGAACAACUUGCCAACAAAACAACGCAAGUGCCAACCCCACGACCACUCCCUUCCAGACCAACUCCCAAACCAGGUGGCCAUCUGUGUUACACGUGUAGCUCGGAGACCGCACAAGAAUGCUACUCCAACCUCAAAGUAAACAGGUGUGACGUAGGCAAAGUUUGCUUUACCGGCGAAGCAACACAAAACAAUGGAAUCAAGAUGUUUGCUAAGGGAUGCAUGAGACUAGAACAGUGCGCAACCUCGUGCAAACGGCUGAGCGUGACAACCAAGGAGUGUAAGGUUGAUUGUUGCCGUGGAGACUACUGUAAUGACUUCCCCUUGACAACCAAGAGACCAACAUCUCUUCCGGAUACUGGUUGCUAUAGAAUUCUAUCUCAAGUUUUAGAAGUUUUUAAGAAGCUACUAGAAACUAUUGAUACUCUGAUGAAGUUCAAAGAAUUCAACUUAAAGGUUGCUCCCUAUUAUCAACGUGAGAUUAAUUCUUUGAUGGGAACAAUAAAUGCCCAUGCUGUCUCCGUGACUGGCGAUGAUGGCCCGGAAGUCAGGAGCGCAGCCACGAAAAUGAGAUCACUGCGCAAGCGCGCUGGUAAAGUCUUGAAGAAACUCGAUAAAAUCAUUGCCAGGAGAUAAAAUGCUAAAGGCAAAUACCUUCCUCUCAUAGAGAAACAAGCUAUAUACUAAAUUCUUGCACAAGUGUUUUGGAACUUAAUAUAUCCCAGAGUCUUGUGCGUUAAUAGGAAAUUUGGAAAUUAAUGGUCGUUGCCAAGCAAUACCAUAGAAGAUCAUCUCGACUAAUUUUUUUYYCUCAACAUCGGAAUAGCUAGUAGCGCGCUUGGACUGAUCGUAUUGACUCACACAACGCUUUAUUAAGUAAUGACCAAACAUCAUUACUCUAAAUAUUUAUAAAAGCAAAAUGAUUUUGUACUUAUACACACGAAGUUUGUUAUUUUAAACAUUAAAGUAAUUACCACACAU